GUGUCUGUGACAUCAACUGAAUCAAUGGAUGGAGCAAACAACACUGUGGUAUCUGAGUUUGUAUUGCUGGGAUUGUCUACUUCUUGGGAGAUGAAGAUUCUCCUCUUUUUGUUUUUCUUUUCCUUUUAUGUGGGAAUUAUGCUUGGAAACUUCUUCAUAGUGUUUACUGUGAUUUUUGAUUCUCAUUUGCACUCCCCUAUGUACUUUCUGUUAGCGAAUCUCUCCCUUAUUGAUUUUGGUCUAUCUACUACUACAGUCCCAACGAUGAUCACUGACAUUUUUAGCGAACACAAAGUCAUCUCCUUCCCAGGCUGCAUGAUACAGAUAUUCUUUAUCCAUGUCAUGGGAGGAACAGAGAUGGUAUUGCUCAUAGCUAUGGCCUAUGACAGAUACACAGCCAUCUGUAAACCUCUUCACUACCUGACUAUUAUGAAUCACAAAACAUGCAUUUGUUUUGUAGUGACUGCCUGGGUGAUUGGGAUGAUUCAUGCUGUGUCUCAGUUUGUUUUUGUUGUAAAUCUGCCCUUCUGUGGCCCUAAUAAGGUUGACAGCUUUUAUUGUGACAUCCCUAAAGUUGCAGUACUUGCCUGCACAGAUACCUACUGGUUGGAGUAUGUGGUCAUUGCCAACAGUGGGCUUAUCUCCAUGUGCACAUUCUUUCUCUUAAUCAUCUCUUACAUUUUCAUUUUAGUUACUGUAAGACAUCAUUCUUCAGCUGGUUUAUCCAAGGCUUUUUCCACACUUUCAGCUCAUAUAGCUGUGGUAUUCUUGUUCUUUGUUCCCUGCUUCUUUGUCUAUGUGUGGCAAAUUCCCACUCUGUCACUGGAUAAAUUUUUACUUAUUCUAGUUUUUCUUGUCACUCCACUCUUGAAUCCUGCCAUAUAUACAUUGAGGAACAAAGAUAUGAAGUUGGCCAUGAAAAGAUUGACAAAGAAGAUUGUGAGAUCUAGAGAAAUCAGAUGA